GAUAUUACUAAAUUUGACCAGUUUCCUGUUAAGUAAUUAAUUGGAUAUAGACGACACAAUGGCAGAACGCAGAAGCCCUUUGAGGAAACGACUUAUAAUUUUGAUAAUAUUAACUUUGUUGUAUGUGCUUUUGUAUCAUACGAAAUGGAUAACAAAUGUCAAUCUAGCCUUAUUGGCCGUCCCAGGUUAUCAGAAGAGCACUAGAGAUCAGCAAUUGCUUACAAAAGACCAGGAAACAAAUCAUACCUUUGUGGAAAUUUUGCGAAAGCAUGAGAGAGAAAAUCCUAACGCUAACACAAAUUAUUGUACAAAGAUCAGUCAACAUCGAAUGGAAACUGCCAGACAUGUCUGCAUGGUCAACAAUAUAAUGCCAUCUAACAAACCAAGGAAGUUAGACGGGUUUAUUGUUUCAAACAAAUACAAAUUUAUGUUUGAGCUAACGCCUAAAGUUUCAUCCACGACUUGGAGGCAUUUAUUGCAUGAUGUUGUUGAUCCACAAUGUAUGGGAAAUAUGUACGGAUAUAGAAUGCUGAACACCACGUUAAAUAAGACCAUAGAAGAAUAUAAAAAGGCAAUAUUUUUCCGGGAACCUCUGGAACGACUUGUUUCUUACUACUAUGGCAUGAUGCAUUACAAAUCAGGGCAGUCAGUGAAUAAUAAAAAGUUCGAUGACCUCAUUAUUAGAAGUGGAAUCCGAAAUCACAGUGUGAUGCAUACCAAACCUAAGGGAGAUAUUUACAAUAUUACAUUCUCGGAGUUUGCCCAGAUGGUUCUUUUUUACAAAGCAAAUGCCAGUAUUCCAAGUUCUAGUCACUAUCAAAGAGUAGGGUAUAAAUUAUGCCUUCACGAUUAUGACUUUGUUGGGCACUUUGAAACCCUUGCUGAGGACGCUGAAUGUUUUCUCGAACUAAUCAAUAUCGCUGAUCAAUACAGUUUUCCAGAAAUACAUAUACAACGGGGCAACGUCAGAUUCAGCGAAUCAAUGAAAAGUUUGCCCCAAAACAUUCUCAGAGAUUUAAUCGAGUUUUAUCGAUUGGAUUAUGAAAUUCUUGGGUAUAAAAUUCCUAAAUUUUAA